AUGAGGAGAAUUCUGGGAGAGGACGACACCGGUGUCAGCAGCAUGAAGCUGAAUUUCAGUGGUCUCAGGGCCCUGGUGACAGGGGCGGGGAAAGGGAUUGGGCGUGGCACUGUGAAAGCCCUGCAUGCCUCAGGAGCCAAAGUGGUGGCCGUGACACGCACCAAUGCAGACCUGGUCAGCCUCACCAAAGAGGUGAGGCACACAGCCCUGCCAUGGCCGGGACCUCAGGGGUACAUCAGAAGCUGGCUGGGACAAAGCCUCACUCAGGCCACCAAACAAUGUCUCUCACAGUGUCCGGGGAUAGAGCCUGUGUGCGUGGACCUGGGUGACUGGGAGGCCACCGAGAAGGCACUGCGCAAUAUUGGCCCCGUGGACCUGCUGGUGAACAAUGCAGGGGUGGCCCUGGUGCAGCCUUUCAUAGAGUCUACCAAGGAGGUGUUUGACAGGUCCUUCAAUGUGAAUGUGCGCUCUGUGUUGCAAGUGUCCCAGGUGGUAGCCAAGGGCAUGAUUAGCCGUGGAGUGGCAGGAUCCAUUGUCAAUAUCUCCAGCAUGGUGGCCUAUGUCACCUUCCCUGGCCUGACCACAUACAGCUCCACAAAAGGUGCACUAACCAUGCUGACCAAAGCCAUGGCCAUGGAACUGGGGCCACACAAGAUCCGGGUGAACUCUGUAAACCCUACUGUGGUGCUGACUGACAUGGGCAAGAAAGUCUCUGCAGACCCGAACUUUGCCAAGAAGCUCAAGGAGCGCCACCCACUGAGGAAGUUUGCAGAGGUGGAGGACGUUGUCAACAGCAUCCUUUUCCUGCUCAGCGACAGCAGCGCCUCGACCACUGGCUCCAGCAUCCUGGUGGACGCUGGUUACCUGGCCUCCUAGACCGCCAGACGCAGUGGACCCCUGGAGGCCUCCCUGG